AUGUCAGUCCGAAACCUGGUGUCAUGGAAUGCCACGUUUGCUGCUUAUGAGCAGAACAGUGAUGGUGAAAAUGCUAUUAAGCUCUUCCGUAGAAUGCAAGCUGAAAAGGUAGAAUUUGAUUACAUCACUAUGGUUAGUGUUAUAUCAGCUUGUGCUAAUCUGGGCUCACUCAAUAACGGGAAAUGGAUAAAUGAUAUUGUGAGAAGCAAAGGUCUUGAAACCAACAGUUCAAUUGCAAAUGCUUUAAUUGACAUGUAUGCAAAAUCUGGUAACCUGGAUUUGGCGAGGGAUGUUUUCAGUAGGUUGCCAUAUAAAAGUGUUGUGUCAUGGACUUCAAUUAUAGGAGCUUGUGCAUCCCAUGGGCAUGUGGAUGAAGCUCUGGAUCUCUUCUCAGAGAUGAAAAAAGAAGUAAGGCCAAAUAGCUUUACCUUCAUUGCUGUCUUGACAGCUUGUAGACAUUCCGGUUUAGUAGAAGAAGGAAGGAAUCACUUUGAGAGCAUGACAAAAGAGUACUCAAUAAUGCCUCGUUUAGAGCACUGUGUUUGUGUAGUGGAUCUUCUUGGUAGAGUAUGCCAACUUGUGGAGGCUUUUGAGUUUAUUGAGAACAUGCCAGUUGAGCCAGAUGCUAGUGUUUGGGGAGCUCUACUCAGUGCUUGCAGAAUCCAUGGUAAUGUUGAGCUAGCUGAGCUUGUUGCCGAAAAAUGGUAUCAUUUUGAUCCACAGACGGUUAGGUCCUGUGCCCUUAUGGCAAAUAUCUAUGCUGAAGCUGGAAAGUGGGAUGAUGUAACAAGACUGAGAGAGUUGAUGGAAGAGAAAGAGUUGAAAAAGAUUCCUGGCCAUAGUGUGGUGGAGAUAAAUCUAAGAUUUCAUACAUUUUUAUCAGGUUCAAAAUCACGGCGUCCCUAA